AUGCAGCCAUCUCAUUCUCUUUUAAUGAUUUUUGAGCUACUGUCGCUCGCCUCAGUGGGUGCGGGCUAUGGCUGCUUCUCGCCCAACGGCACCCAGUCUCCCGAUAAUGGAAGGAAAUGUGUUUCUUUGGAUAACACGGCGAGCAUGUGCUGUGGUCAGACUGACCUUUGCCUCCCCAAUGGCCUCUGCGAAGUUCAAGUCGAUCAGAGUGAGAGCAUCUACUACCGCGAUACGUGCUCUACGCCAUCAUGGCCUGAAUCGGGUUGUUUGAAAGUUUGUGAUAGCGAGAGCAUCGUCGACAUCCAUGGGAACUCUCAAAUAACCCCUUGCGGUGGCUCGAAAAACGCCGAAAAAUGGUGCUGCGGUAAUUCAACAAGUUGCUGCGGUACAGCAGACGAAGUGAUUGUCCCCACAAUCAACAUCUACGCCGCCACGUCUACAUCCACCUCCACCAUUGCUUCUACCUCUACAGCCAACACAACGACCCAAUCGACCUCAUACUCUACCUCAACCACAGCUUCAACCUCGAAUUCGACCUUAACCUCGACACCGAAGUCAUCGUCGGAGCCGGAUUCUCCGGGCCUUUCAAUUGGCGCGAAAGCAGGCGUGGGCGUUGGAGUUUCAGCGGGCGCUAUUGCAUUAAUCGGACUACUGGCAUUUUUCCUUCGACGACGGGGAAAAAAUAAGGAUAAUAUCCCAUCUGGAAACACAUCCUCAUCGGUAUUGAUGGUGUCACAAAAUCCACGAGAGCUCGAGGCCCCCAACUCCUUUCAUGAGAAGCCGGCUACCGACUCGGACAUGCACGAAUUACCCGACAACUCCGGGUCGCAAUAUAUGACAUAUGGAGGGUGA